CGCAGUCACGCCGCCCGAGGCUGCAGCUGCGCGUCCUGGGGCGCGGCGCCCAGGGCACCCAGGCGCGGCAGGCGCGCUAAGGGUUCCGUGCCGGGGACCCUGGCGCCCUGGAUUGAGGGGGGCGGGGAAGGGGCUCGAGAGCGGAGCCCGCGGCUGGGGCGGCAGCGCCGGAGAGGACGAAGGCGCGGCGGGGAGCGGAUCUUCCGAAGAUGGUUUGGCUUCCUUGGAGAUUUGGAGAUCUGAUGCCACGAUGAGGACUCACACACGGGGGGCUCCCAGUGUGUUUUUCAUAUAUCUCUUUUGCUUUGUGUCAGCAUACAUCACCAAGGAGAACCCAGAAGUCAUGAUUCCCUUCACCAAUGCCAACUACGACAGCCACCCAAUGCUGUACUUCUCCAGGGCUGAGGUGGCGGAGCUACAGCUCCGUGCAGCCAGCACACAUGAGCACAUCGCCGCCCUCCUCACCGAGGCUGUGCACACCAUGCUCUCCAGCCCCUUGGAGUAUCUUCCUCCCUGGGAUCCCAAAGAGUACAGCGCCCGCUGGAACGAAAUCUAUGGAAACAACCUGGGUGCUUUGGCAAUGUUCUGUGUGCUGUAUCCUGAGAACAUUGAAGCCCGAGACAUGGCUAAAGACUACAUGGAGAGGAUGGCAGCGCAGCCUAGUUGGAAGCUGAAAGUCAGAAAUUGAGGAUUUACCUUUACAUCCAGUUCCUAGUUCCAGAGGUGAUAUUGACAUAAAAAGCAUAAAAAGUUGAGCUACCUGAACAUUUUGUCUUGAUACUGUUGUUAGGUAAUUCUUUUUAAUGAUUUUAUAGAAAUUUUAACUUAGAUUUAACAAUCCCUAGACUUUUAAAUUUUCACUUAGAUUUGUGGUUGAACAUAAUUCCUUUUAUCUUUUAAUUUUUAUUCUAGUAACAUAUGUAUAACCUAGAAUUUCCCCUUUUAACCACAUUCACUUAUAUAAUUCAGAGCUGUUAAUUAUAUUCAUAAUGUUGUGCUGCCAUCACUACCACCUAUUACCAAAACUUUACAGUCAACUCAAAUAGAAAUUCUGUGCAAUUUAAGCAUUAACUCCCCAUUCCUACCCCCAACGCAGCCCCUGGUUGCUUGUAUUCUAGAUUCUGACUCUAUGAAUUUCCUUAUUCUGAUUAUUUCAAAUCAGUGAGCUCAUGCAAUAUUUAUCCUUUUGUGUCUGACUUAUUUCACUCAACAUGAUGUCUUCAAGGU